AUGUGCUGGUUAGCCAGGGGACUAUACCGUGAGUUUUCCUGGGCUUUGUACCAGCACGUCAGUCCUGACAGGAAGAUACAAACAAAAUACAUGAUCUAUCAGAUCUAUCUUGUUCUUCUCAAGCUCACACCUUACUUUGUUUUCGCAUUCAUAUUCAUUUACGCCUUCAUCGACGUCCAUUACGUGGAGCCCGAGUUCUCGUUGACUCUCUCGAUCCUUCCGGCUACUCUUGUACAUGUGGCUAUCGCAGUCUAUUUUGUAAGGCAUGAGCGCCGGAUUGGGAUGGGGUUUGCUUUGCUCCUCCAUGCCGCAACAAUUGCAUAUCUGAUUAGCAGACUGCUCGUUCUUUAUGGACAUACAAUACUUUCUAAAACUCUGAUGAAGGAUGAGAUGGUAUUCUACUCUUGCGUUGCGCUGGGCUUCUCGGCUCUUGCGCUCGUUGUAGGAACUGUUUGCUUGUUCAACUUCAAGAAAGGACUGAAACCGAUUCUGUUAGGCCAGGUGCAGCGCAAACCGCGAGCACAUGAGCUAGAAGACGAUUACUAUGUUCAACGUCUAAAUUAUAACGUGGUGCCGUUGGCUGAUCGCGAUUCGCAGAGGUGGGCCUUGGACUGA